CCUGGCCCCGAGGCUCUGUGGUGUCUCCUGGCCUAGCGCUUCCCAGCUUCCCUGAGCAAGAGGAGGUGUCUGUGGGGAGCGUGCUGUGAGGGUUACCCAUUAACUCAGCCAGGAGGUGAAGGGCUGCUGUGCAGCAGGCCACGCAGACUUGCCCCAGCUCUCUGUCCAUGGCCUUGACUUUGGCUGCAGCUUCAGCCCACCCGCCCCACAGCUCCCGGAUGGUCUCCGAGCCUGUACUACCAAGGAUCCAUGCAAUCCUGCAGAAGGAGAGUGUGCGAGAGUUCCUGGCAGAGUUCCUGAGCACCUACGUCAUGAUGGUGUUUGGUCUGGGUUCUGUGGCCCACAUGGUCCUAGAUGAGAAGCACGGGAGUUACCUCGGUGUCAAUAUAGGUUUUGGCUUCGGUGUCACCAUGGGAGCACACGUGGCAGGCAACAUCUCUGGGGCCCACAUGAACGCAGCUGUGACCUUUGCUAGCUGCGCGCUGGGCCGCAUGUCCUGGAGGAAGUACCCCGUGUACGUGCUGGGCCAGUUCCUGGGUUCCUUCACCGCUGCCGCCACCAUCUACGGCCUCUUCUACAGGGCCAUUCUCCACUUCUCCGGUGGAGAGCUGGCAGUGACGGGUCCUCAGGCCACCGCAGGCAUUUUUGCUACCUAUCUUCCUGAGCACAUGACAUUAUGGUGGGGCUUCCUGAAUGAGGUGGUACUGACCGGGAUGCUCCAGCUUUGUAUCUUAGCCAUCACCGACAAGGAGAACAACCCAGCGCUGCCAGGCACACAAGCCCUGGUCAUCGGCAUCCUAGUUACCAUCAUUGGAGCAUCCCUGGGCAUGAACACCGGCUAUGCUAUCAAUCCAUCCCGGGACCUGCCUCCCCGCUUCUUCACCUUCAUUGCUGGCUGGGGCACAGAGGUGUUCAGGGCCGGCGAGAACUGGUGGUGGGUACCAGUGGUGGCGCCACCCUUGGGUGCCUACAUAGGUGGCAUCGUCUACCUGGUCUUCAUUGGCUCCAGGGCCCCACGGGAGUCCCAGGGACCAGAGAACUCUGCGGUGUCUGAAGACCAUGGGCUAACUGCGCUGCCUAAGACCAGCUCUCACUUCCCUGUGAUGUCCACCAACACACCUUCUGUGCAGCCCAUCGCCACUCUGAGCGACUCCAUGCCCCUAGAGAGCUUCUGAGACACUUAGUGACCCCGCCCCAUCUUUAUUAAAAAAAAAAAAGAAAGUGGUCCUGUAGCGGCACCCUCCCCACCUCUUGGGGCCUCCUGUGGCUGGCCUUCCCUCCUGGUUUCUUCUACCAGGAGUUCCAGGGUCAUGUGUUAGCUUGGGGCUGCCCAAGCCAAGGAGGCUUCACUUUGUUCCAGCCCCUGGGAGCUGGAGUACCCCCUUGUAGGGGAAUGGGAGAGAACAGCCCUGUGGUUUGGGAGGGGGAGAGACGUAAGAGCAGAAAGGGCCCCCAAUGCAGGUACAGGGUGGAGGAGCUUCAGGAAGACGGGAGGCAGAGGGAGCCCCAGGGAUUUGGGGAGUUAGCUUUAGGGCUGCCCUGGGGACAGGACUCCAGCCCCUUCCCUGGCUCUUCUUCUCAGACCAGAGUCCCAGAACAGGUUGGAAUCUCUCCAUCUGCACCACCAUGCCUCUUUAGCAGCCUUGUGGCCCUUGGUUCCACAGCCACAUGUGUGAUUUCCACACCACAACUGCCAGGUGCUGACUUCCCAUUUGCGUAUCUGUGUUUCACACACAGAGUCAGUUUUUUUUUUUCCCCACCCGCUGCCUCCAUUCCAAGAGUCAGUGUUCACUCCCUUGGCAAUUCCUGGCAUGGACUGAGAGGGGAGGUAAGGGAGUGGGUUCUUUGCUCUGGAACCAGAACUGUCCCACAUGAGAAGUUGGGAAGGAAAAGGCAAAAAGCUGAGGAUGGUGUAAUUGGUUCAUCCUCCAUUUGCAAGCACCAGCAUCCUGUAGGAGCACUGGUUUGUGUCUUAGCUGUUCCACUUCCAAUCUAGCUCCCUGAUU